GAUUAAGGAGAUAAGGUACAGGUGGCUUGAUUUUGGAAACAGGGCUAGUACGCGGGAGAGUGAGACCUCUGGUGGCCAGAUAGUGAAUUGUUGACACUAGUACAGUGGUCUGCUCUCACCACUGCUUUCAUGACUUUCACGAGUUCAUCUUUCUUUCCAGUUUUGCCGAUCUCACUUCUUUUCCCAGCUCCAGUUCCUCUAACACUUGUUUAUCACUGCUUCUCCUUGACUCCUGGCUGUUUCUCCUCACACUCUUACCCCAUGCUCAGGCUCUGGUUGCUCUUUCCCUGCUGCCAUGACAAAAAGGACAUUAGGUGAAACAAUUAUGUUGUCUCCCAAAAUGGCUAACUAGCCAUGCUGGACCACUCAACAGUAAUAGAGAAGAGGACGGACAACAGGAGAGUGGAUCAGAGAGUGAGAGAGAGGAAGAUUAAGAGAUAUAUGUGAAGUGCUAUAACAUUAACAGGACCUGAUAAGAGACAUGGCCUCCUUGACAGAAGAUGAUGAAAUACAAGACCAAGGGUCAAAGUCUCCACAGCACCAUGAAGAGCAGAACCAAGACUCCCUUCAUGCAUUUUUGCACACACUGGGACUUGAAGAAUAUUUCCCAAAUAAACUUUCGCUCAGAUCCUUGCAAGAGAUCAACAAGGAUAGCCUGUCUGAUAAAGAGGUUGACUCACUGCAAACAAUACCAUGGGCUUUUCUGAGGAAACUACUGAUGGCUAACAGCAAAUCAAGGACUUCAGUCUGUGCAAGUGAAAAUGAUGAAACAAAUGACUUGUUUUCUGAGAGCGAUACAGACGUCAGCCCUAAUACCCUAGAUCUUAUUGUUGCCAUCUAUGCCUGUGCAGACAGUUUCCUCCUGCAAGAAAUGACCCUUAAGAUGUCCAUGUGUCAAUUUGCAGUGCCCUUUCUGUUACCCUGUGGUAGACAGAAUCAGUGCACUCUUAUGUUAUGGGCUCUAAGAGGUAUCCUGAAAGAGUGGCGUCCCCAUUCAAUGUCUGAAAGUAAAGGGUUUGUUGAAGAGAGUGCAGUUUGUGCGAAAAUACCUCUGGUGUCGUUUGUCAGGCUAAGAAACUGUAGCUUGUCAAAGUCCCAAGUUAUGAACUGCUUACUCAGUGAAUCGCAGCAGCACCAUGAUUUCUUUUGUCACCGAGACAUGAAAGGAGGAUGUCGCCCCAGGAAGAUUGCCAAUGGUAUGGUUGAAAUGUGCUGGUAUCUGCCAGGUGGGAACACGACCAUUGACAUCUUCCCUGAGCCAGUGGCCAUUGCUAAUUUAAAAGGGGAUGUUGGUGCUUUUGAAACACAGUUUGCUUUCCUUACUCAAGUGUCAAAUGCAAUUUUUGUGUUCCUGGACAAGUUUGAAGAAAGAGAGCAACAGAUGUUUGUCUCUUCACAACAAAUGAAUUCAAAAUUAUUCUUUGUUGUGAAUUAUCAGAGAGACACAAAUCCAGAUGUGAAGUCAUCAAUUCAAACAGUGAUGGAUGCCCUCAAGUUGACCAAAGAGGACAUCAUUGUGAAAAGUCAGAAUGUCAAUAUGGCAAAGCUUGCAGACAUGAUCUGUUCUACCAUUAAGAAAUCCCUCAGUGAGAACUCUCCAUCCUUAGAUAUUGAGUCCAUGUCAAAGACGGCUCAGGAAUUUCAAAUAUCUGUGGAUGAACUUAACAGCGAAGCCUCCAGCUCAGCAGAGCAAGCAGCACAGAAUAUUAUGAAAGGCAUUGGAGUUCGUGAAAUUGUUGUCUAUAAGAAGAACCAGCUGCCAUUGCAAGGUGAAAACUGGAAAAAACUGUCUCAGAUAGAAAAAGAGGAAUGCAGGUUACAAACUGCAGGAGAUACAAAGCUGGAGGAAUACAAAGCCCAACUUCAGGAGGAAAUAAAAUUUAUUCAGAAGACACAAAGUAAGUACAAGAUCACAUCAGGAAUGUCAGAGUUUAUAAAUGCAGUGACAACUAAUGACUCCAUUGAGAGGGCUUUCUUUCUCAAAUGGAUGGGGUACAAGCUGGACAUGCGUUCACGUAAGUACCUGUCAUCCCUUCGAUAUGAUUUUAAAGAACACUGUCAACAAAAAGACAAAGACUCCUUGGCCAAAAUAGACCAGCAACUUCUGGACAGCUCUCUUGGCUUAGAACAUUACAUGAGAGAGAUGGGACAUAUUUAUGAGGCUUCACUUGGUUCAAGCCAAAGAUUGGAUAAACUCCCCACAGUGGCUGCUGAGCUCCUGCAGGAAGGGUUUCCUCUUGAACUGCUGGAUGGAGAUGCAUCCAGUAUUCCAGAAAAAUGGAUAAAUGAUGUUCUAAUGGAGCUUCACAGGAUGGUUGGGCAGAGGAGUCGUCUGUUGGUCCUGACAGUGUUAGGGGUUCAAAGCACAGGCAAAUCAACACUGCUCAACACCAUGUUUGGAGUCCAGUUUGCAGUUAGCAGUGGUCGGUGCACUCGUGGAGCUUACAUGCUCUUACUGCCAUUGGGAGAGGAUCUCAGGACAGAGCUGUCAUGUGACUAUAUCCUCUUAAUUGAUACAGAGGGUUUGAAAUCAGCAGAUCUCGCCCAACUUGAUAACAGUUAUGAGCAUGACAAUCAACUAGCCACAUUCGUGAUUGGCCUUAGUGAUGUAACCAUCAUCAAUAUUGCAAUGGAGAAUUUCACAGAGAUGAAAGAUAUUUUGCAGAUAGCAGUGCAUGCUUUUUUACGAAUGAGGGAACUUGGUAAAAAACCAAUUUGUCACUUUGUUCACCAGAAUGUUGCUGGUGUAUCAGCACAUAACAAGUUAAGGACAGAGAGACAGCAUCUCCUGGAACACCUGAAUGAAAUGACACAGAUUGCAGCCACAAUGGAGAAGAAAACAGGUAUCAACAAAUUCACUGAUGUUUUGGAUUAUGACAUGGAGUUGAAUAACUGGUAUAUACCAGGUUUAUGGAAUGGCACUCCUCCAAUGGCACCUGUUAAUACAGGCUACAGCGUUGCUGUUUUUGAUUUCAAGAAAAACAUGUUAAAAACCCAGAAAGAAAGAAACGGUGAACCGUUCUUCAAUAUCCCACAAUUCCUGGAAUGGAUGAGAAGCAUGUGGAGGGCAGUGAAGUUUGAGAACUUCAUUUUCAGCUUUCAAAACACCUUGGUUGCCCAUGCAUAUGAGAAUCUUUGCAAAGAAUUUUCAGAAUGGGAGUGGUCUUUCAAAAGGCACAUCUACUCCUGGCUUGAGAGUGCAACAAUACAAAUAUCAAAUGCAGAAGGCAGUGUGCAAACAGUCAAAGGGAUUGUUGAAGCACUUAAUACAGAUGCAAAAAAACAGAUUGCCACCCAGGAGAAGGAAAUGAAAGACAAAUUGAAAAAAUACUACAAAAGAAAAGAUCAGCAUGUAGGUUUGGUGGAGAGGUACAAACAUGAUUUCAUUAAAAACAUCAACAGCCUUCAGACAGAAAUGCAAAACACAGUGAAAAACAAAUUAGAUGUUGGCCUUCAGUUAAAAAUCGACAUGACAAAAGUAAAGGACCUUCGCAGGAAACAGGCUGCUAUGAUAGAGGACCAAGUGCUGCAGCUUCUGAAAAACUGCAAAGGUAGAAAAGAUGAGUUGUCUGAUGAGGAUUUGAAGACUGACUUCGAGAGCAUGUGGAAAACAACCAUAGUCAACAUUUCAGGCUUGGAAGAAAGGGAUAUUCCUUCUGAAAUAAUGAAGGAACUGCAUUCAAGUUUGUACCACAGAAAGCUCACUGAACACAUGGAGAAUGUUAAAGAUUUAACAGAGUAUGGGCUUGACAAAUUCAAGGUCAAAGCAAAAAAACACUUCUCAUCACCAGAAAAGAAUGUUUUCUCCAGGAGAAAUCUAAAGCAAAAUAUUCAGAACAUUGCAGAUACUGCCAUUCAGAACUGCAGCAGAAUGAUUGAAGAAUCUGCAAAGUCCAAAAGUGAUUACCAGAAUUUUCUCAUUAAAGAUCUUAUUGGGAAAAUUGAUGAAUACAUCAAAAGUGUAAAUUCCAAAACAAACAUCACAUUUGAGGUUGACCUGAAGCUUUACAUUUGUGGCAUUGCAUCUCGGAAAUUCCUCGGAAUGCACAGGAGAUUCCUUGCUGAAAAAGAUCCACUGAAACAUUUAGAGGCAAGUAAGGGUCAAUAUCUGUCUGAUUUCAUUGAUUUAUACAGACGUAAAGAUCAGUGUCAGAGGAAAGCUCAAGACUUCAUCCAGCUGUGUCUCAAACCAGCGGUGACAGAGCACAUCAACCAGUCCAUCGGAACUGAUAUAGUUGAUGAAAUUUUGAAUAGCAAAUACUCAACUGAAUAUGGCUCACGUUCAUACUUUCAGUAUAACAUCUUAAAUGAGCUUCUGGAAAAAGAAGAAUUCAAAGAAUUUGUCAGAUAUAUUCGGAAUUAUGAGAUUUAUGUCAAAGACUGGAUACAUGAGCAUAACGUUCAGUGCUUCUCAAAGGACUUAUCUCUGCGCAAAUUAAAAACAAAGAAGCUGGACUUAAUAGUUGAAAAGAUUGAUGAAGCAGUGAAAGCUUCUCAGUUUGGAGAUGAUGGUUGUCCUUUGCCCAAUGAUACUGAAAGCACUGCAGUACUGAUUCAGAAUCUUUGCAAAGCUCUCAGCAAAGUCAUCUCCAUCCCCAUGGACACAGUGGAUAGAGUCCUCUUUCAAAACACAAGUCUGUGUACUCCAUUCACCAAAAAUCUCCUAGAGUGUUUGAAUGAUUUAAAGAGGCAACUAGAAGAGGAGAUAGCAAAUUCAUCUGAUAUCACUGAAACGCUGAACAGUGUGUCUGUCAAACCACAAAAUGAGCUCUUCGAGAGAGUGUUUGGUUGUGGGAAGCAAUGUCCCUUCUGCAAAGCACCAUGUGAAGCAGGAGGAAAAGACCAUCGCCAGCACCAUGCAGCUGUGCAUCGGCCACAGGGACUGGGUGGCUAUAGAUCUGUGACAACUAAUAUCCUAUGUGAGGAGGUUUGUACAUCUAGUGUACAUGGCAAAGGGACUUUUAAAAAUCAUGAAACAAAUUUUCAGCGUCAUCCUUAUAAAGACUACCACACCUACUACCCAGACUGGCUCAUUCCACCAGACAGAACUAUAGAGGCCUCAGACUACUGGAAGUAUGUGCUUGUGAAAUACAAUGACAAGUUUGCUGAAGAGUACAAAGCAAAGCCUGCUGUGUUUCCCAGUGCAUGGAACAAAAUUGAUAAAGUCCAGGCUCUUGAGGGUCUGAAAUCAGCAUUCAGCAUUAAAUGAUAUAAAGCUACUACCAGAAUGAUUUAUUUUAUCAGAAAAAGGAAAAAAUGUUUGGAUUCGGGUGAGUUGUCACAAUUAAUUUCAAAGCACAACAGUUAUAGCUCAGUUCAAUAAAAUCAGUUAAAGAUCAGCAUCAGAGGAAAGCUCAAAAUUUCGUCUCAGACCAACAAUGACUAGGUAUAUCUGUCCUUUAAAACUGAUAUAUUAGACACAAUUUAGAGUAGCAAAUACAUUAGAAUAUGGCUGGAGAAUUAUUGAUUGAAUGAGAAAAAAACAGAUUUGAGCCAACAGUGUGAUUCUUGUGGCUGUUCUUAAAAAACGUUAGAUAUAUUGUAGAUUUUUUGUUAUGAAAGACUUAUUUUUAAAUAGCUGGAUAAGCAUUUUGAUAAUUUAUAUUUCCUGUAUUUGCAGUGCUCAGAAUCUGAAUCAGAAUCUUUUUUUUACAAAGCUGUACAAGAAAUGUUGAUUUUUUUUUACUAUUAUUAUGAUUAAUGUAUUACAAUAUAUUGUAUGAUGCUAUCUGUGUAUUAAUCACAUUAUAAUUUAAAAUGUGUCAUCUUUGUAAGGAUUCUCUUAUUAUAAUCAAAACUGGCAUAAAACAGUUGACAUUAAAUGUGUUUUAUGUGAUAUGCUAAAUAAGCCAUAUAUAAUUUACGUGUACUAUUCUGUACUGAACGUUUGUGCACUGCAGUUCAAAUCAUAUUCACAUGUGGCAUCAAUGUCUAACAAAACAGCGGGGAUACUUACAGUGCCCUUCAUGAAUAUCGGCACCCCUGGAAACAUGCACAAAAUGGCUGUAAAAACAUUCUUCAUUGCAAAAAUCUAACAAUUACUGAAAGGAAAAAAAAA